AUGGCGUCGUGGAAGCCGUUGAGCGUGUUCAUCUCAACUCUCAUCAUCUUCACAAGCGUCGCUUAUCUCCUCUUCCUAUCCACUCCAAUCGUUCCAAUUAGGCAACAACAGCAUCUCUCGUCCUUUGACUCUUAUCAGAAGCCUUUCCGAGCUCCGGCAGUGAAUCCUUUCACUGAGAUCGAUGACCAUGAGGCUUCUGAUAUUUAUACCUUUCUUCAAGUGUCGUCGAACCUCAGCAUCGCCCAAGACGCAAGGGGUAGAAGUGUGAACUAUUUGAUCGAACUACUGCGACCAAACAAGUCCGAUGUGGUCAACUACCUUGAUCACAGUGGCCCAGUUCCUGAACGAUGGGCUAGGGUUUCGAAUCUCGAAUUUCGAAAGGACGAUGCUUACAUUGUCGAUUACAUGGUCGGGCCUCUCCCACCGAGCAACGAUACCCAAAUCCUUCCCCUGAUAUACCCACACAACUCUGGGCGCAACUACGUCCAAAGUCCAGUAUCGGACGUCUUUGCUCUGCUAGACUGGGCCCUCGGUAUCGGUGAGAAUGCAUCAGACAUCACCCAAGAGUUGCUGGGCGCCACCACAAACCGUCAUGAUCCUUCGGAUCCCGAUGCUCUUGUCGUUGGCUCUCGUCCCGCCCUCAUAGAGAACGGAUCCAUGGUUUACUGGCUAGAGUUCUUCGGCUCAGGUAUCGAAUCGGACAGCCGAAGUCUUCUCCCCCAGGGUCUCUACGUCAAGCUGGACACUCCCACAGCGAACCCAUCCACCUGGAUGACGGGCGAAUGGUAUUACAAUGGCGUUCUGUACGACAACGACACCGUUCUCCGGGAUGCGAUCAAGUCGUCCGACUUCGUCAAGAUCAAGCUCAACCAUGAUGGCCCGUGGACAGACACCGAGGACUUCAUCACCUCUUUCCCAGAACGCGACAUGCCUCCACCGCUCUCGAUCCAGCCGUACGGACCACGCUACCACCUCGACCGGGAGCAGAACUACAUUUCAUGGAUGGGGUUCUCGUUCUACAUGUCAACGGCCCAAGCCACAGCCCUGUCACUCUUCGACAUCCGGUACAAUUCAUCCCGGCUCAUAUACGAGCUAGGCCUGCAGGAAGCGCUCGCACACUACGCAGGCGUGGAGCCAAUGCAAUCGGGGCUGGAGUUUCUCGACACCUUCUUCGGCAUGGGGAACAUGAUGUUCAGCCUCGUCCCUGGCAUCGACUGUCCCGGCCACGCAGAGUACAUUGACAUGUCGUACCACAAGGGCGGCAAGAUGUACACGAACAAGAACGCCAUCUGUAUUUUCGAGUAUACUUCCGACGCACCUCUGCAGAGACAUACGUCGGCAUUCAGCGCGACCGUGAGUAGAAACACAUACCUCGUUGUCCGGAGUGUAUCCACGGUCGGCAACUAUGAUUACACUAUCGAUUACAUAUUCUACCUUGACGGGUCCAUUGAGAUCAAGCUUCGGGCGUCAGGAUAUAUCUUUGGCGCCUUCCACGCAGAACCUCGCAAUACGCACACGCCGCCGCGCGACGAACACGCCAACGAAUACGGGUACCGCGUCCACCACGCGCUGCAUACCUCUAUGCAUGACCACGUUGUCUCGUUCAAGGCCGACCUCGACAUCUGCGGAACAGCCAACACGCUCGUGCGCACGUCGGUCGAGCCCCUACAGCGCGAAUACGAUUGGGACAAGCCUGAGGUGCCCCUGGCCAGGAACACGAUGCACAUGGUCCAUCACCCCGUCACGCACGAGACGGGCCUCAACUGGCCCAGGAACGGCCAGGACAUGUACCUGGUGACGGCGUCUAAUGCGACGAACAAGUGGGGCGAGACGCGUGCGUACCGCAUCCUCGGUGGCACGGGCAUGGGCAACCCGACGCACCUGACGAUCCUGAAUUCGACGACGCUGGGCAAGUCGGCGAGCUGGUCGAGCGCGGACCUGUGGGUUCUCAAGAACCACCCGGACGCCGAGCCGGCGUCGGCGCACCACCUGAACUACCUCGAGCCGCUGGACCCGCUGGUCGAUUUCGAAAAGAUGGUCGACGGCGAGGAAGUCACGGACCAGGAUCUGGUGCUCUACUUCAACCUCGGCGGACACCACGUGCCGAGUACGCAGGACAUUCCGAACACGCUGAUGCACACGAGCGCGAGCAGCGUCAUGUUCGUGCCGUUCAACUACUUCGACGACGACGUGUCCAGGGCUGCAAGGCAGGGAGUCAGGAUCGAUCGACGCGCGAGCGCGGGUGCUGCGGGUGGGCGUGGAGGUGCAACAGAUGCUGCGAGUGCAAAGGAAGAUGUCCGCAGGCGCAGCAGCCGCAUGACGAAGCGCUCGAAACGGAUCAACAAUGGUGGUGGAGGUGGUGACGAUAAGGAAGUCAAAUACUUUGGAGGAAGAUAUACGAAGCCCGUCACCGUCCCGGAGGAGAUGCUCUCGCCGGACCUGAGCCAUUACAUGAAAGAUCGCGAGGGCGAGCCUGACGGCGAGUGGAAAACGGCCAGGAAUCACGUCGGAGGCGGCUUGUUGGGUCUGUUCGUAGGGAAGGAGAGGUUUGAGGACCACGAUGACAAGAGAAGACUGGAUUGGUGA